AUGCGGACCUUUCUUCUCGUGUUCGUGGCUGUGGUCGUCUGGCCGGCGUCAGCACAAGCCGAAACGUAUUUGGCGACAUAUUCAGGCUACGACUACUUCAAAGUUCCCGCCACUGGGCAGAUGAGCAGCGCAAACAUCAAGGCAGCCUGGGACGCAGCUGGUUACGUCACACCGUGUCCCGGGGACGGGAACUGCCGGUAUUCGUCAGCCUACUGUGACCAGACCGGGCUUACUGAAUGCGCCUUUUCAAUGAACCUCGUAUCCCACGUUCUGUGCGGUACCGAUCCCCGGUAUUGUCCUGCGUUUGACGGAGUGUACAUCUUCGUGGCCAACUGGCUCUCUGGCUCUGCCUGUGGUGUGGAGAGUGGCACCUGGUGCACGAUCGGUAAUAACUACUAUAACCGCUUCGCCUUCUGCGCCCGAGACAUCGACGAGUGCGCCUCCAAUCCGUGCCAAAAUAACGGAACCUGCCAGGACGGCAUCAACUCCUACAGCUGCAGCUGCCCAACCGGGUUCCAUGGAGACCACUGCGAGUUCGACACGGACUGGUGCGAUCAUCCUGAGGUCCAGUGUCCGUUCGGCUGGUCCUGCCGGGAUGACAUUUCCUCCUUCGAAUGUUACGAUCCGAACCCCAUCGUCCGAAGGAGCGCCUACUCGUGCAGCAGCGCCUCUUGUCCGGUGGGCAUGUACUGCAGGGAGAAGGGCGCGGCAUCUUUCUCCUGCAGCGCAGAGUGACGUCAGAGCCGGGACCUUCCAAGCGCCACAAGCGGCCCGAGGCUGACACGCGUCUUACGACAGCGUUCCAACACUGACUUUAAUCAGUGAUAAUA